AUGUUGAUUGCGAACCAGAUCAAGGACAGCGCUGGCAGUGGAAGCAUGGGACAUUCAGAAACUGUUCAAAAUAAUCUUCACUGUGGCAGAUAUCCUAUUAGCAACGGCCAUCAAUACGGACAGCCACAGCUAGCCAACUCCCGGAAACGUAAGCAUCAAGAAGACACCAUGAGCACAAUUCCGACCUGGGAUCAAUUGGAUGAUUGCGCAUCCUUACUACCUACAUACGGCGUACUGGAACAUAUAAUCAACGCAUAUUUUUCGACCGUCCAUCAUUGGAUGCCGUUCAUUCACCAAAGGCGGUUUCGAGCGCGACUCCUAGAACCUGUUGAAGCGCAAAAAAUGACAGUCUUGCUCCAUGGCAUGACCGUUGUCGCCUUCCGCCAAAUUGAUGCAACGGCUAUUCCAAUUGAUGAAGUUGCUAUUGAGGAGCAGAUUCGUAUUUCUAGGAAUGUCGUCAUGUUGAAUGCCAUGGACGGGCUGUCCAUCGAAAACCUCCAGGCGUUAGCACUCGUUGCGUUUGACCGGAUGGGCUCAGCAAACACCCCACGAGCAUGGGCGAUUGUCGGUUCACUCGUCAAAAGCGUGGAAUACCUACAGCUAACGGUUGAGCCGGACGAGGUUUCUCGCCACUCCUUCAUGCGCCCACUCGUGCUUUUACCUCUGGCGCAAAGUCCUGGAGAAGAGGAAGAGCGACGACGAGUAUUUUGGAACAUAUUCCUUCUUGACAGAUUUCUUUCAGUUACGUCCGGAUGGAAUCCUAGCAUCACGGCACAAGACGCACAUCGCAGGUUGCCUUCGAAUGGGAAAACGUGGAAUUCGAAUGAGCGGGCCGCAACACCUUUCUUUGGUAUCCUCGAUAGAUCAACUUCCAAGAUUGGAAACUUGAUGCCGUAUGUUGGUCCUCACGGAACCCCGAGCACCGAGUCCAAUGUGCAGGGCUUGAGUCCCGGCGCUGUCAGAACAGAUGAGGCAGCCAAUCUUGGAGCAUUAGCGUUUCGGAUCGAAGCUACAGAGUCGUUGAGUCAGGUUCUAUCGUGUUUCCUACUACAGGAGUUUAACUUUCGCGAUCGAGACCAGGUCAGUAAAUGGCUGGCUCGGUUCAAGGAAUUGGACUUGCGCUUGGUUCAUUGGAAACUGUUCUUCCCGAAGCGAUGGAGCGACUCCAAUGUUUCUAGUGAUCACCCUUCCAUCGAGAUGGAUCCAAACCUCACGCUGGCGCAUUUGACGCACAACACAUCGAUGAUCUUAUUGCAUCAACACAUCGCGUAUCCGUCCCGCGAUCUCACGAAUCAUGUCAAACUACCGACCGCAUGUAGUGCAGAAACAUGUCAACUGGCAGCUGCGGAAAUUGCUUCCAUCAUUGGCAAGUUCCUAUCGCAUAUUAGUUAUCUGGUGCCUGCACAGUUUGCAUUCUGUGCAUUUAUCGCCGCCAGGAUCAUGCUAGUUCACUGGAGACUCUACGAUACUCAACUGCGAAACGAGUUCUCUGCUCUCAUAUCGUACCUUCGCGACAUGUCGCAGCGUUGGCAAGGCGCACACGUCACAGAGAGGAGGCGACAAAACGUGCCGGAUGAACUGGAUAUUGCAGCGAGAUAUGCCACAGAGCUAGAAGGACUUCACGAGAAGUGCCUCGCAGAUCCUGGAUUCUGCACACAGAUACUGACACAUCCCUUCACCACUGCCUGCAAUGAUGCGGACCCAUUUGCCAUUCGUCACCCAGAUACUGGACUGUUUAUCGGAAGAGCAAUGGAUAACCUUUCACCGUUUUCCAGCGACCAGCGCUCGCCUUCUGUCUCACUAAGACAUGAAAGCAAUGUUGCAAGUCGCCAGCAAAAGAGAAUAUCCGUCCGUGAUGCUGACUACACUGCAGCCACCAUGGUUGCCCAACACCCCAUGCCAGAACCAGUAGCAGGCAAUGGCGACGUUGUGGAUGAGAUGGCCCUUGGUCUGGACACUGAAAGUUUGGGUGAUGAGUUGGCAGCGGUGUCACACACUCUUCUGGACCAGCAGUUUGCAGACAUGGACAGGGUGUUUACUUUGAGCGGCACAGACUUUACGUUUGGGAUUGGAAACUGGGACGCGGUGCCACUUAGUUGA